CUUCGUGAGCCCCUUUGUUUUUUAGAUGUCGGGCCGCCCAGUUAGCGUUCCAAGCGGCUUUCGGACCCCCCCAGUGCCGCAUGCCAUGCACGUGCGGAUGCAGAUGCCCAGCUUUCAGCCGACAGUGCACAGGGUAAUCCGCCAGGACGGCUGCUGUCAAAUACGCUGGCGAUCAGCGGACUCUGGUGCAGAGACUAGCAGAGAUCCAGGUGCGGUGGGCCUUCAAAGCGGCUCACGCAGCAGUACUGAGACGCUGCCAGGCGGAGAGCUUCACCCUUUGCCUCACCUGGGUGAAGGAACACCCAUGAGGUUCACCAGUGAGCCUAACAGGCAUGAGCUUCAAGAAUAUAUGGCGCAGCGGGUGGCCACCAAGAAGCAUACAGAGCGCUUGGCUGAUCACGCGGAACAAUUGUCGGGCCUGUUGGCACUAACACCUGGGAGUGCCUCACGCAAGUCAGAUGAGGGUGCUUGCAGCGAGCUCCUGGAGCUACUGGGUGCCAUCAGUGCUGCUGCAAGGCGUCAGAGUGCUGAAGCCCAGAAGCAGCUGCAGGAGGAGCGGUUGGCGGCGACGGAGCGGCUGGCCGCCUUUGAGGCUCACUCCACCCAGAUGCGCGAAGAGCUGCAGGCUCUGAAAGUCGAGCUGCAGGACAGUGAAGCGCUGCUCCGCGAGAGCCGUGCUGAGCAAAGCGCCGAAGCUGCCUUGAAGACGCAGCUGGCAGAGGAACGCCGUAAGGCUCAGGAGCAACAACGAAUUCAAGAGCAGCUGGAGCAGCGCUUGAACCAGCGUGAGGAGGAGCUUCAAGAAACUGUCCGUCGCUCUGAUGAACGCAUCAAGGGGCAGGAGAGACAAAUCGCGGAGCUCAGAGAACGGCUGCAGGAAGCGUACGAGGCACAACAUCAGCACCAAAUGAGGGAGUUGAUCCAUGCAGCAGCACAGGAGGCAAACAUACUCCCGCGCGAGGAACCUACCUCUGCGGUGAGUCGGCGACUCUUUUCAUCUUCGCUGUUGACUGCUGACUCCGCUGUUUCCUCUGCGAACAGCACCUUUGUUUUCGAGGGUGAGGUGCCAUUGGGUGGAGGAGGCUUACAGUAUUGCAGGGAUCAGGCCAGCGGGGAGCCAAGCAAUAAUGCAGCUGCAAAGGCAUGUAAUGCUGGCGUUUUGGCAUGCUCUCCGCUUUCAGGAGCAGCUGGCAGCCCCAAGCUGGAUGCUCGGGGCUCCUUGAUUUCUUCCUUGGCACCAUCCUCGGAGGUGGUGGUGGAGCCCAGCCCCACUGAGAGCAACCUUAGCCCUGCUGUGGCCAGCCUCGAGCGCUCGCCGGUCCGCCCAGGGGGUCGCCCACCCUCCGCCGCUCCAGCGCUGCCAGGAAGGGUCGCCAGCCUCGAGCGCGGACGUGCGGCACCUUCUCCGCACGGCACUGGCACUGGCAGCAGCCUCUAUGCACUGAGCAGCAGCGAAGGCUCCCAGCCCCAGGCGCGUGGUCGCCCGCGCUGGUGUGGUGGUGCUGGCAGUCGGCCACCAACCCCUCAUUUGGAUGAUGUGGAGGCGCCGCCGCGUGGCUACGUGGCUGAGAAGAUCAUUUUCUUCGAUCGAUGCCACACACCGCAGACGCCAGCUUCAGCCCCGCGCGGCCCGAGUCGACGGCCUUCACCGGUGCCCACACCGUUGGGACGCCAUGUGCUGCCAAAUCAAAGUAAUCAAAGUACUGCCAAAAGUCAAACCAAUGGAGCCAGUGCCAUCAGUGCCUCUUGCACCGGCGGAAGAAGUCGAGUUUUUGGACCUGCAGUCCACAGCUGUGAUGAGCCCAUUGAACUGGUGGCAUCUCCUCCGACGCACAAAGAGUGUCGACGAAGGUUAUCUUAUCCUGAUGCGUUGGCAGACUGAGAUCCAGCAAUGAAUAUGAGAAGACGUGAG